UCCUCCUCUUCCACCUGUCUCCUUGGUAGCUGCUGGGUCAAAAAGCAGAAGUUCAUCAGCUGAUCGGCCUGUGCACCUUCAGACUCAGAAAGGAAGUCGAGCCAAGUCAGAGCAGAGAACGCGGCGUGACUGGCAGAGGGGGAAGGUCAUCAGUGGAGAGCGACAACGCGCACAGAGAGUAAUAGUGAGUAAAAACAAUCAGGGAUGCGCAAUUGACAGGAACGUUAGAUAAAAACCUGCGACUCAUAGGCUUUAGAGAAGAAGUGCAAGAGGACCCCCAAGGGAAGGAAGCCGAGUUCACCUAUAGCGCAUCUGGAGAAGAUGUCACCAGAGGGACCCUCAUAGCUGGAAAACGACUUUAACUCAGCUCUUACAACCAAUCCUUGACAGCCGCCUGGUCCAAUCACUACUCACUUCCCCACAUCCCCUCCAAUACUAACUCCCCCCCACACUUCCUGUGCAAUGGCAUCCUACAGCCCCGCCCCCACACAAGAGCCCGCCACCAACGGCGGGUCGACCUCGCUCAAGUCGGGCGGCUCAGGGGGCGACAACGAUUCUAUGAAGCUGAAGAAGGAGAUCUCUCUCCUGAACGGCGUGUGUCUCAUCGUAGGCAACAUGAUUGGCUCGGGCAUCUUCGUCUCGCCUAAAGGAGUCUUAAUCUACAGCGCCUCCUAUGGGCUGUCGCUGGUAGUGUGGACCAUCGGCGGUAUCUUCUCUGUGUUCGGGGCCCUGUGCUAUGCCGAGCUGGGGACCACCAUCACCAAGUCAGGGGCCAGUUACGCUUACAUCCUGGAGGCCUUCGGAGGGUUCCUGGCCUUCAUCAGGCUGUGGACCUCCCUGUUGAUCAUAGAGCCCACCAGCCAGGCGGUCAUAGCCAUCACCUUCUCUAACUACAUGGUGCAGCCCGUCUUCCCCACCUGCAUAGCCCCCUAUCUGGCUAACCGCAUGCUGGCUGCAGCCUGCAUAUGUUUGCUGACCUUUGUGAACUGUGCCUAUGUGAAGUGGGGGACGCGUGUCCAGGAUUUCUUCACCUACGCUAAGGUCAUCGCCCUCAUCGCUGUCAUCAUCACCGGCCUGGUCAAGAUAGGACAAGGUCAGACGCAGAACUUUGAGGGUAUGUUUGAGGGCUCGUCCACGGAUCCAGGAGACAUAGCCCUGGCCCUGUACUCUGCUCUGUUCUCCUACUCCGGCUGGGACACACUCAACUUCGUCACCGAGGAGAUCAAAAACCCAGAGAGGAACCUGCCCCUGGCCAUCGCCAUCUCCAUGCCCAUCGUCACGGUGAUCUAUAUUCUGACCAACGUUGCCUACUACACCGUGCUGCCCAUUCCUGCCAUCCUGGACAGUGACGCCGUGGCUGUGACGUUUGCAGACCAGGUGUUUGGCGUGAUGAACUGGACCAUCCCUCUAGCGGUGGCUCUGUCCUGCUUCGGAGGACUCAACGCUUCUAUCCUGGCUGCCUCCAGGCUGUUCUUCGUGGGCUCCAGGGAGGGCCAUCUCCCAGACUACCUGUGCAUGAUCCAUGUCACCCGUUACACCCCUAUCCCAGCGCUGCUCUUCAACGGUGCCAUGGCGUUGGUCUACCUGUGUGUUGAGGACAUCUUUAAACUGAUCAACUACUACAGCUUCAGCUACUGGUUCUUUGUGGGCCUGUCUAUCCUGGGACAGCUGUACCUGCGCUGGAAACAGCCAGACAGAGUCAGACCCCUCAAGCUCAGUCUGUUCUUCCCGAUCAUCUUCUGUUUCUGCACCUUGUUCCUAGUGGUGGUUCCCAUCUACAGUGACACCAUGAACUCUCUGAUUGGCAUUGGCAUCGCCCUAUCAGGAGUGCCAGUCUACUUCCUGUGUAUCUAUACUCCCGCCACCAAAAGGCCCAUGUGGCUCCGCAGGUUCUUUGCCAACUUUGGUCUGUUGAUUCAGAAGGUGUGCUAUUCUGUUGUGACCGAGUUAGACGUCAUAGACAAGUUGGAGUGAAGAUAUUAAAACCAACCAACACACUGCUGCCGCCGCCAACUGAAGACGCACAAAACUAAAGGCUCAACGACACCACCUACUGGCCAGUAUCGCCCUCGGCUACCAAUCAGAGGGCGGAGUCAAACAGCAGCCAUUCAUUGGACCAAAUCUCUGGCCAACCAAUCAUUGCCGUAUGUUCAUUGGACUAUGGGGUUGUUCUACGGCCAGGAUGACACUCCAGUUGCCUCUGACAUCAGAGGACAUUCCACGCACUACAGAAUAAUUAAAAAUAAAAAUAUUCCUGUUCUCAAA